AUGUCGUCGCAAGACUCCGACCAUGGCGGCAUCGAUCACGUCGGGAUGAUUGUUUCGUUUUCGGUCUUUUCCUUCUUGGUUCUGGAUAUUAUCGUAAUCUCCCUCUGGACAUGCCACCGCUUCGGCCGACCAGACGUUCUCGCGCGUGAACGUCUCAAGUUCAAAACAUCAUCCAAGGAAUCGCGACUACAGAAACUGCAAAAGGUUGCACCGAAAGAGUCCUUCGACACAUGGUGGAAAACGCUUAAAUCCGAUCUGCAUCUAUCGAGCGAGGUGGAUGGCACUGCAAUAUGUCUCGAGGCCGUGUCGAGAACCCAGACCAUUCACGAAUUGAAAUGCCGUCAUGUCUUUCACGAUGAUCUCGGUGGGGAUCGGGAUGAGGGAGAAGAGAGAAGUGUGACCGAUAUAGUAUAA